UCGAGACGAGGUAAAUAGAUGACAGCAAUGAAUGCGGAUGAGACAAAGCAGGCUGGAAUGCCUCAAGGAGCCGAGGAGGAGCAGGAAUCGGAGAAGGAGCAGAAGAAGGAGAGCGAUGGAGCAUGGCAGUGUGAUCCUGAGACCAGAAUAGUGGCUCCGCCGCCCAGGCAGCGGACUCUAACAAGGACAGCCGAGCUGGAUGCGGACUGCGAGGACAUCGAGUUGGAUGCGGACGAUGGCGUGGACGAUGCGGCGGAUAGCAUCACCUUGGAGUUGGCACUAUCGCCGCACAGCAGCACCACGCCCACGCCCUCGCCCACCACCGCCGACGAGGACUUCGCCCAGCUGGACAACAGCAAGCCCUUCAAGAUCAAGGACAUCACGAGGAACAUCCGCAAGGCUGUUGUGGCCACAACGCUCUCGGAGCUGCGGGCGAAGGUGUCGCUCAAAUUUGAACGGGCUCAGCCGGCGAUACACCUGGAUUGCGAUGGCACCGAGGUCGACGAUGAGGAGUACUUCAGCACUCUGGAGCCAAAUGCCGAAUUGAUUGCCGUCUUUCCCGGCGAGCAGUGGCGCGAUCCCAGUGACUACAAUGCCAAUCUGCGUCGCACAUCGCUGGAUGCACAGCGUCUGCGGAGUCUGGUGAGCAAGCUGCAGCCGAACUAUAUGAACGAUGAUGAUUUGGACAAGCUGUCGAACAUGGAUCCCAACUCCCUGGUGGAUAUCACGGGUCGGGAGCCCAAGGACAACGAAUACUCAGCCAGGAGCGAUGCCGCCCGGCUAUCCACGGAAUUGUCUUGCUAAGGGGAUGCAUCGUUCCCUCAACGAAUUAACGUACGUUAGCUUAAGAAAUGUGUGAAUUGGAAUGUAAAUAGGGUAUUUGUACGAGUUUAUAUGGCUAGCCGGAGUAUUUUUGGAAAAAGUUUUGAUGACGGCACUUGAUGCGACCGAUAUUUGGAUGGUUGUUUUUGCUGCUGGAGGUUUUAACUCGCUAACCGUAGACCAGAAAGUUGUGUAUUUUUCGAGCCCACAUUGUCGUAGAGCAACUCACCCCGAAUGUCUAUUAUCAGCCGCUAAUUGUUCCUAGACCAAUAGUCGUGUAUGAGCCCAUAGCCUGGAGUGCCUUGAAGGCCGAUCUCCAGCACUGGACUACCUUAUCCUCACCUCACCUAACCUCACUCAGCGGACGAUUAACGAGCUGCAGAAUAGAAUUUGAUCUAGACAAAUAGAUAUAAAAUAUAUGAAAUAUAGUAUAUUUUCCAUAGCGGAAUCCUUGUGAAUGUCACACGAAUACCAAUGCAGAUUGGGUUAUUAGGGAGCAACUAGAACUUGACGUUACUGAAUCUCAAUUAAAUGAAUUAAUAAUGGAAUAAACCUUCACCCUAGGUGCACAGAAAGGGUUAUAGCCUGUUUUUUGUAUUUAUGCUGCAUCAUUGAACAAGCACCAUUUGCUGCACCAUUCGAAAGGUUAUCGAGACCUGAAUUUAAUUCAAUUAACAUUUACGUUGUGCCCGCAAAAAUCAAUUGGAAAUCGUAAUUUGUAACUAUAAAAAAAAUACAAAAACAAAAGCAACAAAAGAAAUAAAUAAAUGAAUAAAUGU